AUACAUCGAGAAGAGUGCCUGCGCAAUCGAACUGGAUGGGAGCAUCUCCGAGAGUCGCUCCACGUUCUGAUCACAGCGAGCGAUUACACGAGAGCACGUUGCGCCACGAAGCUGGCCGUUGGAGUGAAUCGUAUCAUGCCUAUGCUUAGCACUGACAACGACGAGCUGAAGAGCCAGCAGUUUAUCCAGCUCGCCAUCAUAAACGGAACCUAUCGGCACACACGGGUGCGGUAG